AUGGAUUCUUUGAAAUUUCUUCCUACUGACGAAGAGAUUAUAACUCAGUACUUGUGCAAAAAGAUGGACGAUAGUAGCUUCUCCGCAGCGGCAAUUUGUGAGGCGGAUUUGAGAAGGCUUGAUCCACGGGAUGGUGUUUUCAAGCAGGGUGAAAAAAGAGAAUGGUUUUUCUUCUGCUCCAGGGCCAUAGAGCAGAGAAUAAACAUAGCUACUACUUAUUCAGGAUUCUGGAUAACCACCGGAAAAGACACACAGAUCUUCAAGGGGGAAACCCUUGUUGGUAUGAAGAGAAGCAUGGUUUAUUACAGAGGAAGAGCACCCACAAUUACAAAGACAAAUUGGUUAAUGCAUGAGUACAGUUUGGAGAGAAGCUACUUAUCAUCGUUACAGAAUGAAUGGGUGAUCUGUAAAGUCUUUCUGGAAAACAAAAUGGAAGAAAUUUCAAAUCAUAUGGCAGAAUUGAAGUUGUAA